AUGACCGACAUAGACCCAGCAGAUGAGGCAAUCUACCUUAUAGAGAUAAAUGAAGUUGUUAAGCAGUACUUGGGCAAGGACAAAGCCAACAAGUCCCUCGGCUUCUGGUUGUCUGGAAGAGGUGCGCUGAAAAUCGAAAUUGAAACCGGAAUUCCAAUUCAAAUACCAGAAAAAACUCCUGUAGACGACAUAAAGGAGAUGAAGAAAGAAGCUCUUCUCAAGUUCUUUGCAAAGCGCCCAUGGAUACAACUUCCAAACAGAGAGAACCCAACUGUACGAAUUGCCCAAAUUCUCAGAGGACUCUUACACUUCUCGGGUCGGGCGUUCUUCAUAAACACAGAGGGCGACAUCGUACCUUUACAGUAA